AUGAAUCCUGGUGCAGCGGACAUCGUAUUUGAAGAUGGUGCCUCUUCUGGGGACACAGCCAGAAGAACCAUUUGCACAAAUGCUGUAAUCCACCCGCUGCUUCCAGCUUCAGAGCGGAGCCGGGACUCGGAUAGGCAUAGCGAGGAAGUGCCCGGAGAACCUUCUUCGUUCCUCCUCUUCGAGUUUUGCGCCAAACCGGCCUGUCCCCAGAGCACCGGCUCCAUUAAAGUGAGAUACGAUGCAGAGCACGUCUGGGAGGAGGAAGUGUCACUUCCAGCUCGCCUGAAACUCGAAGGGUCUAAGUGCAAAGGGCAGCUUUUGAUUUUUGGGGCAACCAACUGGGACUUGAUUGGUCGAAAAGAAGUGCCUAAGCAACAAGGACACAACUCGGACGGGAAGUUCAUCGCCAGGGCGCAGCGGAUAGAGUAUGACUGCGAGCUGGUGCCCCGGCGGGUGGCCAUCUUCAUCGAGAAGACGAAAGAUGGGCAGAUUCUGCCAGUCCCAAACGUGGUUGUACGAGAUGUGGCCUGUGGCGCUAACCACACGCUGGUCCUGGACUCUCAGAAGCGCGUCUUCUCCUGGGGUUUCGGCGGCUAUGGCCGGCUGGGCCACGCGGAACAGAAGGACGAGAUGGUGCCGCGCCUGGUGAAGCUGUUCGACUUCCCCGGGCGCGGGGCGGCCCAGAUCUACGCCGGCUACACCUGCUCCUUUGCCGUCAGCGAAGUGGGUGACCCUCGAACCAGGCCGAGGAAGAGCAGCAUCAUCGUGGCCGCCGACGAGAGCACCAUCAGCUGGGGCCCGUCGCCGACCUUCGGGGAGCUGGGCUACGGGGACCACAAGCCCAAGUCCUCCACCGCGGCUCAGGAGGUGAAGACGCUGGACGGCAUUUUCACGGAGCAGGUGGCCAUGGGCUACGCCCACUCCCUGGUGAUAGCACGAGACGAAAGCGAGGCCGAGAAAGAGAAGAUCAAGAAGCUGCCAGAGUACAACCCCCGGACCCUCUGAUCGUCCCGG